UUCUAGUAAACAAAGUGAACAGUUGACGUGCAUUCAUGUGGUAUUGUGCAUUUAUUGUGACAAAUUUCAAUGUCUGGUGACAAUUUUAGCCCGCAGGGGACUACCAACCGACAGAGGAAAGAUGGAGGCAUUCGAUGUGCAGCGUGGGGAUGCGGUAAAUCCAAACUGAAAGACAAUAUUGGAGUGUUUGAGUUUCCAGAUCGGGAGAGAUCGACGGACCGCUUCCGAUUUUGGUGUAGUUUGGUUAGCCGUACUCGGAAAGAUUUUAGAUUCAGUAAAGGGACGUCGCGGUUAUGUGCCGAUCAUUUUGAUUCCGAUCAAAUCGAAAAUUGGAUGCGCAUAAAGUUAAUGAAGGAGGAAGACCCAGUGGCAGCCAGAAAAAUUCAUUGGAGACUGAUACCACACGCUAGGCCCAAUCCAUCCCUCUUCCCUCGGCCAGUGCAUGGAUCGACGCCCCAACCCAAACAGCCCCCGUCAAUAGGCAAUUCCGUCGAGCCAACUCGGAGGAGGCCUUGGCCUGGGGAAACUACUUCAGGGGACAUGGAGAUCACUAAACGUCCCAGAAGGGGUGCUGCUGCAAUCAGAGAAAGGAAAAGGCUUGUUGAAGAUGCUCAGACAGACAUGGCACAGAAAGACCUGGAAAUGAUGGCUCAACAAGAUGCAAUUUCAGACAUGAUGGAUAUUGAUGUAAGAGAGGUCGCUGAGGGGCAUGGCCAGGAGACUGGCAAAUCCAAGGUAACACACAGAGAUAUUCACAUCCAAAUGAACAGACGGCCAACUCAUCGCUCUACCAGGGUUCAAGUCUGUCCAAAGACAUUUUCCCAGGAUAAUCUUCGGCCACCAGAAUACGUACUAGUACUAGUGAUCUCCACUUUCAAAGACAUACUAGUAUUAGAGUUGCAAACUGUAAAAGGUAAUGGUGCCGUGUAUCAAUCCAACAAUCUUGAUUUGUUAAAUAACUACCCCAAUGGAGGAGGGUCCGAGAGCGGAGGCCCCGAUAGAUUGUUGGCUGAAUGUGGUUUCCGCCAACCAAAAAUGGUAUACAACUAUAGUAUACGUGUGACCUGCACGGCGAUGAAGCUUUUUAGAAAUGAUGAAACGAGACCUUAG